AUAUGCUAGUAGAGGAUUGAUUUGAUGAUCUGAUGGAGAGCUCAAAUGAAGAAUACUCUAUCCCUUCAAUUGACAACAUCCGUUCUGUCUCGCAUGGAGUCUCCAUUCUGGCUGACCUCAAUGAGUCCGCUAUAGAAUAUAUUCAAAAGGACAUGCUUGAGGAAGCAGGAGAAAGCUUGCUUCAUGCAAUUGAGGCUAUUCCAAGAGUCCAAUUUUUGCUAGAAAAGGAGCCUAUUGAGCAGCAAAAAGUGUUUGAUUAUUCCUACGUCUGAACUAUAUUCUACAAUAUGGCUGUGAUCUAUCAGAAGCUCUCUGGCCUUGAAGAUUGCAAACUUUUCCUUGAGAAAACACUGAAAUGAAUGAAGAAAUUGGAUAUAUUUAAAUUCACUCAGAAAAUAGUUGACCAUAGAUUUGAAAAUAUGAAGAAUAAUGAGGAAUUUGCACAGAGUUAUACACCCAAAACAUCGAAAGAAAUCAAUUCAGCAUUAGUACUAUUACGAUUUUUAUCAAAAUUUACCCUCCAGUACUGAGCUGUUCUCAGUCAAUUAAGCUUUCACGAGGAAGCACUGAAGAAGAGUAAAGAAGCUGCUUUCUACUGACAAUAAAACAAUUAUUUCUAACCGAGAGAUUGUGUAAAUAAGAGAAUUAAAAAA